ACAAGCGGUCCUUCGAUGUUUACUGGAUUUGGGACGAAGGGGAUGCGUUGCCACGCUUGAAGUCAAAAAUAGGGCAUCCAACGAAUCAGCCCCUACAGAAGGGGGAGCCGACGUGAAAAUCAUUUCGCAUCUGCCACCGCCGCCUCCUCCUCAAUGGAGAUCAUCCUGAACAUGGAUGGAGUGUCGGGCUCUCCUCCUGGCUCCCAGGCCGCAAGCAGCGGCGCGCUGCCGGCCUGGUCCGACACGGCGCCCUCCUCGCGUCACACCGCCCCUCCCCCCAAGCGCCGCCGGGUGGUCUCGGACGGCCCCCCGCAUCUGCCGCAACCGGCCGCAGCAUCAGAUUAUGGCGGCGCUUGCGAGGAUGCAGGAGAGGAUCUCCCGCACGGAGGAGGAGAACCUGAAGAGGGACGCGCAGACCUCCCGCUUGGAGGAGGAGGUGGCCCGUCUGAAGCGCCGCGUCCUCCAUUUGGAGGCGAUUGCGGCGCGCGUCGGCCCCAUGUACGACGAGGGACUUUCGGCCGCCCCCGCCCAGAUCAACCCCGGCCACGGCCCCUCCGACAGGACCCUCGAAGGAUGGGCGAGGCCCAACCUCGAAUUGGUGAAGGGGGCCACCGCCCUCCCCGCAGCGCACCGGUCUGAGGGUGGGGGGGACGGUUGCUCAUGUCGCGGUGUGGGGAAUUACUGUAGUGUGCGGGGCUGUUCUGCAAGUAUUGGGGGUGUCGUGGCGUGGGGCGGGCCUGUGUGUUGUUACAACUUUGGUCGCGAGAAUAAACUUUUUUCCUUUACUUUGAAUUCCUCACUAGUCAUGUGGUAUAUGAGGGUCACUGUGGUAUAUUCGGUGUCAUGCAUAUCGCGUUGACUUGAUGCCACCCUUGCCUCGGACAUUGCCUUCUCGGUGGGAAGACAUGCCGUCACGGUUCUACCUGGCGCCCUCCGGAAUCCGGAACCGGGCAGGCCAGUCCUUACGUACGGUGCCAGAUUGUGCAGGGAAAAUAGGGCUGGGGUCCUGUAUCUAGCGG